GCCACGUCACAGGAAAGAAAUUCUGAUGGUGUCGUCGGACCUGUUUUAAUAUCCUAAGGUGAUUAAAAAACUUGCAAGGACUUGACUGUCUCAGUAUUUUUACUGUUAUAGCGACUCUAAUCUCAGUGUCUCGACAAAAGCAUAAAAGAACCUGCAAUCAGUGGAGAAGAAGAGAGACACUUUCAAAGGGGAUUUUUGAGAAGUUUAUUUCCAAAUAGCCAGUAGAGUUUGUGUGAUUUUCCUGCAUGUUUACUUUUGAAUCCAUCAUUUGGGAAAGUGAAGUCUCGUUUGCUGGUGCUCUAAAACAGUGAAAAUGGAUUCACUAUCUGCAAAGGAAAUGUCUUGUCCAAUUUGCUGUGAAAUCUUCAAGGCUCCUGUUCUUCUGUCGUGUAGUCACAGUUUCUGUAAAGAGUGUCUUCAACAGUUUUGGAGAAGCAGGAACACUAGAGAGUGUCCUGUCUGCAGGAGAAGGUCGUCACGAGAUGAUCCUCCAUGUAAUCUUGUGUUAAGAAACUUGUGCGAGUCCUUCCUGAAGGGGAGAAAUGAGAGGAGUUCAUCAGGGUCCGAGGAGGUCUGCAGUUUACACAGUGAGAAACUCAAACUCUUCUGUCUGGAGGACAAACAGCCUGUGUGUUUAGUGUGCAGAGAUUCACAUAAACAUGUCAAGCACACAUUCAGACCCAUCAGUGAAGUUGUUUCAUCUUAUAAGGAGGAGCUGAGGUUCUUACAAGAGAAACUUAAACACAGGGAGAAAAUUAAAGGGGAGUGUGUGAAAACAAUUCAACACAUCAAGUCUCAAGCUGAGCACACAGACUGUCAGAUUAAACUGGAGUUUAAAAAGCUUCAUCAGUUCCUCAGAGAUGAAGAAGAAAUAGCAAUCGCUACAUUGAGGGAGGAAGAGGAGCGGAAGAAUCAGGCGAUGAAGGAGAAGCUUGAGGAGAUGAACAGACACAUCUUAGCUCUUUCACACACAAUCCAGGACAUGGAGGAGAUGAUGAAUGCCAGUGAAGUCUUGUUUCUAAAGGUCUCAUUUCUGAUAAUUGAUACAUUGAUUGAUCACAUCCUGUCAUUUUGGGAGAUAAUAAAUUAUCUGUUUAUUCUGCAGAACUUUCCAGUCACAAUGGAAAGAGUCCAGAGCUCACAGCCGGAUCCACACAUGGCUUCUGGAGCUUUGAUUCAUGUGGCGCCUUACUUGGGCAACCUGCCGUUCAGAGUCUGGAAGAAGGCGCAAGACAUUAUCCAAAACACUCCUGUGAUUCUGGAUCCAAAUACAGCUCAUCCAGAUCUCCUCUUGUCUGAUGAUUUGACCAGUCUGAGAUGCAGUUCGAACAGUCAAACGCUUCCUGAUAAUCCAGAGAGAUUCGACGAGCAUUCCUGCGUUCUGGGUUCAGAGGGGUUUGACUCGGGGACACACUGCUGGGACGUGGAGGUUAAAGAGAGCUCGUCCUGGGCUCUGGGAGUAACUGCGGCAUCGAACCAGAGGAAGGGAUGUGAUUUCUUUGACACUGGUGUGUGGAGUGUGCAGUACAGACUGUUUGAAGAGUCUGGUUUUCCUGUGGAACAGAAGCUGGAGCGGGUGAGAGUUCAGCUGGACUUUGAAAGAGGAACGGUGUCAUUCUCCGAUCCUGUAUCUAACACGCAUCUAUACACGUUCACAACCAGCUUCACUGAGACUGUCUUCCCAUUCUUCUAUAGCUUUUCCCAUCUGAGGAUCUUACAGUUGAAUUGUUUGUAAAAGUUAUUGCUGUACAUCCACAGCUGACAGAAAUAAGACCGGUUUAGUAAUGUUCCCAUUAAGUCGCGAAAAACUUUAUUUCUGAAUGAUCUUAUCGUUCAAAAAGUCCAGUUUAUCACGUGUUUUAAAAACGUGUUUUUUCUUGGUUUCGGCGAACGUUAAGGAAACAUUCCAUUCAACAUUUGGCAAACAUUAUGGGUAUGUAACUUUCUCUGAACAUUCUGAAACAAGUACUGAUAUUAACAAAUGUUGGAUGGAGUGUUGGAAAUGUAUGAACACACAGACAAGUGGAGUGAAACCAACAUUAAAAUGUUCCAGUUUAGAGGUGAGAAGAGAGUUUUCUCAGGAUUCAGUUCAA